CUCUCCGGGCCUUCACGUGCGACGACCUGUUCCGCUUCAACAACAUUAACUUGGAUCCACUUACAGAAACUGUAUCCUUUUUUAAAAAGUUAAAUGAAGGCUUACUAAGAAUAAGGAAAAUAGAGGAUCAAAAGGAAAAAAAUAGACUUGAGUACCAAACAUGUUUAAAACUUGGAGGUCAGGAAACAUAAGCAACAUUGAAAGCAAUUGAAAAUAAAAAACACUAAAAAUCUGGGAACAAGAGUUAUCUUACACCUGUUGACAACCUGCUAAUAUGACCUCAUAAAUCAAGAACAGUACAAUCCCCUGCCCACCCUGCCCCUCAGUAGUAAGCAUAGCUGUGAGCAGCAGAAAGCGGUGACUUCAGCAGGAGGGGCUAUUCCUGCCUAAUGUGAAUGAGUCUAGAGUGGACAAGCAGUCCUGGUGGCUCUGUGACAUCCCCAGCGACCGGGCUCUGCAGUGGAACCACUCUCCCAUUCCCGGGUGUUUCUGGCUUCCUGUCCAGGUGGCUCCCAGAGCGUACCGCAUCUCAGCCAUGAUCCUGGCAGGAGGAUCGAUCAACAGAGGGGAAGUCAUGGGCAAAGCGGAAGGCUCGGUGGCGAGGGAAGAGUGGCACGGGCACGUCACAGCUCUGUCUGUUGCCCCGGAAUUCCGACGCCUUGGUCUGGCUGCUAAGCUUAUGGAGUUAUUAGAGGAGAUUUCAGAAAGAAAGGGUGGAUUUUUUGUUGAUCUCUUUGUAAGAGUGUCUAACCAAGUUGCAGUCAACAUGUACAAGCAGUUAGGCUACAGUGUGUACAGGACCGUCAUAGAGUACUAUUCGGCCAGCAACGGGGAGCCCGAUGAGGAUGCUUAUGAUAUGAGGAAAGCACUUUCCAGGGACACUGAGAAGAAAUCCAUCAUACCAUUACCUCAUCCUGUGAGGCCGGAAGACAUUGAAUAACCAUGAGCAGUGGUUCUUAGGCUGAUGAUGCUCCAGAUAUUUUAUGGACAAUAUUAUUUUCAUUAGAUGAUCCUGGAGCUCUAUUAGGAGAAAAGGGAAUCGUUUAGCUCUUAAAGACUUCAAGAAAAAAACAGGUUAUAAACUUAAGUCUUGUUUCCUAUUAGCAAUAUCAUACCUUCUAAAGCUGUCCACUGUAAUAAAAUUCAGCCAAAAAAGGCAGCUAGGUCAAAAGGAAACAUUCCACUGUUAUGGUUCAUAAUGUAAUAUUCAUGGUAUGCUAGGGAAAAAGCUUGCUCCAAUCUCCUCCUAAAUUCUGUGCCUGAGAACCACUGCUGCAUAUAUAUUUUUUAUUUUGUAUUGAACUGUUAAUUGAAGCUUUAAAAGCAUAUAUGAAAUGUGUAAAUCUAAGAUGUAUAAUAAAAUGCACUGUUGAC